ACAUUGUCCUUCUUGAAGCCAUGUCAGGGGGGCGUUUUCACUGAAUUUUUCCCCUUUGCAGCAUCAGUAGCACAGAGCCUGCCUCCAACCAGACUACGCUGUUCCUGCUCGCUCUGUGGGGUUUUUCUAAGGUCGGGAAGCUAGAUUACGCGCAAGGACAGCACAUACACAGAACCAAAACAAAGCGCUGUCUUCCACCGCGGGGAUUCGUCUGUCUGCCGUGCAGGAGCAUCUCUGACUCGCGCUGAUUCGCGUGAAAAGAGGACAAAACAGAGCACGAUGUCAGCCAGAGGAGGAAAGAAGAAGGCCACCAAGCUGUCCCGUUCAGCCAGGGCAGGUGUCAUCUUCCCUGUGGGAAGGAUGAUGAGGUACCUGCGCACCGGCACGCACAAAUACCGCAUCGGCAUGGGGGCGCCUGUCUACAUGGCAGCAGUUAUCGAGUACCUGGCAGCUGAGAUCUUGGAGUUGGCAGGAAACGCAGCGCGGGACAACAAGAAAGGCAGAAUAACUCCCAGGCACAUCAAGCUGGCUGUGGCCAACGACGAGGAGCUCAACCAGCUUCUGCGGGGGGUGACCAUAUCUAAUGGAGGGGUUCUGCCUCGGAUCCAUCCAGAGCUGCUCUCCAAGAAGAGGGGAGGCCGGGUGAAAGCAGAAAGCCAGGCGUCCAUCCCCGAGAAGCAGGAAGAACGCUCAAAGAGCAAGAAACCCGUCAAACCCUUGAAAAAGGUUAAAGGCAAACGAGGCCGCAAGCCAAAGAGCACAGACAACGAGUCUGUACCAAACUCCACAGUAGAAGACGGCCCAGGAGAUGGAUUCACCAUCCUGUCAGCAAAGAGCCUGUUCCUUGGACAGAAGCUUUCACUAACAGAGAGUGAAAUCAACAAAAUUGGAACAAUCAAAGUGGAGGGAAUAAUUAACCCAACAAAUGCAGAGAUGGACCUUAAAGACGGAGUGGGAAACGCCUUGGAGAAAGCUGGAGGCCGAGAGUUCCUGGAGGGAGUCAAGGAGCUGCGGAAAGCACAGGGGCCUUUGGAGGUGGCAUCAGUGGCAGUGAGCCAGGCCAGUGGGAUGGCAGCCCGCUUCAUCAUCCACUGUAACGUCCCUCAGUGGGGUUCAGAGAAGUGUGAGGACCAGCUAGAGAAGACGGUGAAGAACUGCCUCUCUGCAGCGGAGGAGAAGAAGCUCAAGUCUGUGGCUUUCCCUUCACUCCCUGCUGGACGGAACGGAUUCCCCAAACAAACGGCUGCCCAGCUCAUCCUCAAGGCCAUCUCCAACCAUUUUGUGUCAUCCACCAGCUCCUCUCUGAAAAACAUUUACUUUGUUCUGUUUGACAGUGAGAGCAUCGGAAUAUACCUUCAGGAAAUGGCCAAGCUGGACGCCAAGUGAGGAUUCUUGUUUUAGGGGAUUGUUUUUCUAACUGUUGUUUGUUGCAGCUGGUGUAGAUAGGUGAUAUGACAGUAGGGGGGGGGGGGGUUGAUGUGGAAUCUGUCUUGGUUAAAGAGGAAAAAAAAAACAUUAUGUGUGAGUGGAGUGCUGUUCACAUUUAUGUUCCACUGUCCCGUCAAGAGAUUGCAUUCUUUAUAGAUUAGAUAAUUUAAAUUCGUACAGUUUGCCAUUAUGGUUCCUUGUUUCGAUGAUGUUUUUACAUUCCAUGUACAAAUAUAACAGUUUUCCUGGCCUCUGUAGUUUCUGAUACAGUUAGUUUACUAAAAAAACUGUGGUUCUCAUUCUGCUUUAAUAAAACUCAGAUGUUUUACACCAGAGAUCCACACUUA